UGUCCCCACCCGUCUCCAUAGCGACGCCGCGUAAACAAACGCGUUGUACCGCCACACUCAGUCGGCUCUCUGUGCUCGAGAGACAGCGACAAAGCUCACAGGUACCUGGGCAGUUCGAGGCGAGCUCUGCGUGCGUGUCUCUGCCUGUGUCCGCGCGUGUGUGUCCGUGUGUGCCCGGCAACGAGCUCAUCACAGUUUGUCCCAUGGCCACAAUGAGCCAGCAGCAGCGGCAGCGGCGGCCUGGGGGCUGCGCGCUGCCCGGGCAGCAGGGCUCCUCGUCCUCCUCGUCCCUCUCCUCGGGGCUGAUGGUGCCCGAGGGCGGCUUGGACGAGGAGGCCCUGCAGGAGCUCUACGCGUGGAUCGACACCGUGCCGCUCUCUCGGCCCAAGCGCAACAUCGCCCGCGACUUCAGCGACGGCGUGAUGGUGGCUGAGCUGGUCAAGCACUUCUUUCCCCGGAUCGUGGAGAUGCACAAUUACAUCCCGGCCAACUCAGUGCAGCAAAAACUCAGCAACUGGAAUACGCUGAACAGGAAGGUGCUCUCCAAGCUGUGUGGAAUGCACGUCCCGGUGGACGUGGUGCGUAGCGUGACGGGGUGCAGCCCCGGCGUGGUGGAACUGGUGCUGCACUCGCUGCGGCUCAAGCUUCAGGAAAAGACGCAGGAGAAGCAGCAGCGGCGACAGCAGCAGCAGCAUCAUCAUCAUCAGCAGGGCAAGGGCCCUAUGAAAAAUGGGCAGGAUGUGGAAUACUACAGUACCAACAUGCAAUCUCCAGCCCGAUCCCCACACGUGCAAAGGGGAGCAGGAGGAACCAGCAACCCUGCCAACCACCAGUCACCUGGGGCAGGGCCUGACACCCUUCAAGCACGGCUCGACCCCGAAGCGAGACUUCUGCUACAAGAACGAGACCAGGCCCUGAGGGCAGCCCAGGAGACCGUGCUGCUGCUGCAGGCGAAGGUGCAGCGGCUGGAGCAGCUGGUGCAGAUCAAGGAUGCACGCAUCGCCGAGCUGACGAAGACACCACCUCCGGCGCCAGAUCGUCGCCCUGCCAAGAGAUGAUGACAUCGAUGAUUCUUACAACUUCCCUGCCGCUGGGUAGCAGCUCGGCAGUCAAUGCCCUCGCCACUCAGCCAGUUUGCACAGCAUUGACAGUUCAUUUAGCACAGUGGCCUAGUAAUUUAUACAAGGAAUUACCAAAGCGGCAAACGCUACACGCUAAGCUGAUUGACACGUAGGGCAACGUGACAUCGUGGGAAUAUUCAGAUGCCAUGAGGUCUAAAUGUGUGUAAUCAGAGCAUGUAUUCGUGUUUUGCCUUGGUCCUGCACAUUGCUCUUUUCUCAGCUGAUAGAGAUUUAUAUUGGCUAAAAAUGAUGAAAACGUGAAUUACUCAAAGUGUCUCUUGUAAUGUAAUGUGGAUACGAAACACUUGAUAUAUUCUGUAAACGAAGGUAUACAAUGCGUAAUUUAAAAUGUUGUCACAUGUAAUGAAUAAUAAAAUGACUUCCCACAAUGA